AGAUGCGGACUACAGAUAGUGACAGCAACAGCUCGUACCAAAAUGAUGCUGAUGAUAGUCUCCUUCCACCUAAGGUAUUUGCAAACAGUUUAUACAGUGAAACAGAUGAGGUGAUAGUUUAUAAGAGAAGAUGGUUUAUCUUACUGGUGUACUGCUGCAACGCCAUCCUACAAAGUAUUAUUUGGAAUACCUGGGGACCAAUCGAGGCAACUGCAAGAGCAGUGUAUAAAUGGGACAGCUAUGUAAUAGACCUGAUGGCAGCAUGGGGAGGUAUAACGUUUUGCAUAACUAUGAUACCAUUUGCCUGGAUUAUGGAUGUUAAAGGUAAGUGUUUCUCGUUUUUCGCUCAUGGGCACCAUUACUGGUUUGCUCAGAACAACAGUUGCUUGUAAAAAAGCUGAUAUUAAAAAAGUUCAGCAAAAAGUGUCAAUUGAAAUGGGUUAGGUUAAAAUGCGGAAGCGGGACGGAUAUGGGGAUAAAAUGCGGAACGGAUGGGGGUAAAAUGCGGAACGGAUGGAAUAAAAUGUGGAACGGAAUGGAUAUGGGGAUAAAAUGCGGAACGGAACGGAUGGGAAUAAAAUGCGGAACGGAACGGAUGGGGAUAAAAUGCGGAACGGAUGGGAAUAAAAUGCGGAACGGAACGGAUGGGGAUAAAAAUGCGGAACGGAACGGAUAUGGGGAUAAAAUGUGGAACGGAAUGGAUAUGGGGAUAAAAUGCGGAACGGAAUGGAUAUGGGGAUAAAAUGCGUUAUUUUAAACUUCACCAAAAAUUCUAACCACAAAUGGAGUUUUUUCGACUCUUUUUUUACGUUUCUGUGUUGUCGAUUUAUGUUUUUUUUGUAAUGGAAUGCUUAUUAUUCAUAACAUAACUUAUACAGCUAUUUCAAUUAAAGUUGUAACUGAGAUAAUAGUCAAAUGUGGAAUAUGGGCGGAUUGGGCGCUAAAAAGGAGGAUGAUGGAAAUAAUAAUAGUUUUAAAUAAGUUUAGCAUAUCAGUAGCUUCGUGGGGAUACUUUUAGCAACAGCUCGCAAUGCAAAUAGAAAUUUUAAAAUAUGGAAAAUUUGGUUGUUAGUGAAACAAUUUAAAUUUCGAGUUAUCGCGUGUAGCAUCAUUAUAGAUAAAUAAAUUGUAUCAAUUCCACGGGGCACGACGUUUCUGAUGUGUUAAGGCUAAAUUCCAUGCGAAAAUUCGCGAAAUCCAAAUGCGAAAAAUUUCGCGUGAAAACACACUUGUGCGAAAAUUUUCUCUCGUAGUGAUUUCCACAGUAGAGAAAAAAUUCGCCGAAACAUAAGCAUUUGAUUGGUUUCGCUAUUUUGUCAUCCAAAACACAAGCAUUUGAUUGGUUUCGCUAUUUCCAUUUCGCAACGGAGUAGAAACGAAUUCAACUACCCGGCGAAGAGAAAUA